AUGGAUACAUCAAGCAGCAGUCUUUUAUCCAAGUGGUCAGUGAAGCCUUCCUCUGGUCUCUCAUUGACAGGAGGGAGUUCUUCAGGGCUGUCAUUGACAGGAGGGAAAUCUUCAGGGCUAUCAUUGACAGGAGGGAAAUCUUCUGGGCUGUCAUUGACAGGAGGAUUGCAGUCUGGGCUCUUGUCCUCUUUACAGUCAAAAACAUCCUCUUCUGAUUAUGGCAAACGAGGAAAGCAUAAGAUCCCCACAACAGAGACAGUUGUCGCUGAAAAGAAGAAAAACAAGCUGGAAGACAGUUGCUUAAAGACGACACCAUCUCUACUGUCAGGUAACCUUGGAAACAGUUCUCUCCUGCAGACCUCGAGUCUUCAGAGUAAUGUAGGUGGGCUGAGUCUGUCAGGACAGAGUUCACUCCUCUCUACCUAUAGUCUCAGGAGCCAGUCAACUUCUAAGACAUCUAUAAUGACAAAUGGCUUAUCCAAACUCCAGACUCCACCAAAUCCUCAGGUGUCAACAACACUGAUUGGGAAAUCUUCUUUGACUGGAUCUUUAUCAACAGGUUUUUCAUUGUCCCAUGGAUCUAUUGUUACGGGUACUUCAAGCUUACUCUGUCAACAAUCUUCUGCUGAAAAGUCUUCGAUGCUUAAUACAUCAGGUUUGUCCACAAAUAUGGUGUCAGGUGCCACAAAGCUUUCACAUAGCAAGAGUCCAGAAAAAAGGUCACAUGACCAAGCAUCUGCGAAGAAGGGUAAAUCCAAAAAGUCUAAAUCUAAGGGGAUAAUUACUGAAGAACAGAUGCAGAUGCUGGCAAUGAAACGGUACAAAAUUGUGACACCAGAGUAUGACCUUAGUAAGGUGCUCAAGAAUUCAAUGGACACCCCGGUUAUGGAUGAUUUUAUGGAGGUAGACAAAGAUCCAUUCCUGAACAGGAUUCAGGUACCUCUCCAUGAUGUCAAUGGAAUGAAGCUGGCUUUCAUUAAUGCUGUAAGUGGAUCCCUCAUUUGUCAGCCAAAUUUUAGAAACUCCAAGGACUUGACCAGAAUAUCCUUGAGUGCUAUGGCUGAAAGAGUUGUGCCGUAUGAUCCAGAGUUUAUCCUCAAGGUCGCCUUGUAUACUAGGAAGCAGCUCAACAUCCGUACCACUGCAAACUUCCUUCUAGCAAUGGCAGCAAAUGUUCGCCCCUGUAGACCUUACCUCAAAAAGUACUAUGUCCAGUCUAUUGCCCUGCCUUCGGACUGGAUAGAGGUAGCUGAGAUCUACCAGGCAUUCCACGACAAAACCAUCGGCCAGGGAGCUAUUCCAGCUGCCCUCAGGAAGGUUAUGAUCACAAAAUUUCCAAAUUUUGACAAAUACCAAUUAGCAAAAUACAACAAGGAUAGUUCAAAGAAAAAGAAGAAAAAGAAGACAAAAGAUGAUGAAAAUAUUUCCACCUCCACUUCAAGAGGUAGAGGUCAACCACGGGGUCGAGGCCGUGGCAGAGGUCGUGGUAGAGGUCGUGGAGGCUUUACAGUACCUGAACAAGCAGUAAAACAGAAGAAGAAAUCUCUAUUUGAUUCUGACUCCUCUGAUUCUUCAGACUCAGACUCUGAAGAUGAGUUGUUGAGAAGACAGAUCAGUGACAUCAUUUACGAUGAGAAGGAAAGCGAAGCGGAACUUUCCCAGGCCAAAUUUUCUCUGAAGCAACUGAUCCGCAAACUUCACAUUGUGGAACCAGUGGAGCAUGUCAUGUGUCUGGUUGGGAAAAAAUACCCGGACACUAUGGAAGCAUUCUAUCAGAGUCGUUUGCCAGGAACUUUUGAAGAGGAGAGAGCUGGCAAGAGGAUGAAACUUCCAAUCCCAGAAACAUGGGAGACACAGGUGUCACUGAAGGGCAACAAGGCAAAGACUUGGGAGGAUCUAAUAGACCACAAUAAGCUUCCCUUUAUGGCGAUGCUGAGGAACCUGAGAAACCUGAUCAAAGCGGGGAUAUCAGAAAAACACCACACAAACAUCCUCAACAGACUGACUAACGAGAGACAAGUUGUGAACAGUAAGCAGUUUCCAUUCCGAUUCUUCUCUGCCUAUGAAGUUCUAGGGAACCUGGAGAAGGAUUAUGAGAAGAGUCAAGCUGAUAUUGUGAAGGCAGCAGAAGAUGCAGCUGUGUCCUUUACAGCCCCUGUAGGACGAGGAAGGGGUGGUGGGACCAGAGGGGCAGGCCGUGGGGCCAAGAAAACUAAUCCAGAGAUGUGGUGGCUGGAUAAGAAGAAAAAUAAGGAAACUCAAUUUGACAAGCAACUGAUAGCAAGGUAUAGAAAAGCCCUUGAUAAAUCAGUGAAGAUUGCCACAACAUACAAUGUUGAGCCCAUAAAGGGGCGAACUAUUGUUCUGUGUGACAUUGGGCCUAGCAUGGAGGUCAACUGUACUGCAGCUAAAGGACUUGGCAAACCUAGACAGAUGAAGGAAGUUGCAGUUUUACUUGGAUUAAUGUGCAAGUAUUCAUGUGAGGAGUGUGAUCUUGUAGCAUUCACCCCAAAGACUUACUUCAACAUCCAGCUCAAGUCUGGCACCAUUCUGGAGAACAUGGAUGUUGUCCUGGAUCCUAUGACUCUUGUCAAUGCUGAAAUGAAGAAUUCUGAGUCUCUGCCAUUUAUGUUACCACACAAGAUACUGUCGGAUGCUUUGCGGGACAGAGUUCAGAUUGAUAACUUGAUUUUCCUGAGUGGUGGAGAUAAUGUACCCACCCAACAGAAAUAUCUCUCAACAUUUUUGAAGAAGUAUAGAGAAAUUGUCAACACGGACCUCUUGUAUGUCAACAUAUCGUUUGCAGGAAAGAACUGUGGAUUCUCUGAGAGUAUUAUUCCAGAACAUGACAAUGACAUCUAUAUCUCAGGAUACAGUGAUCAGAUACUCCGGUUCAUAGCAGAGAGAGGAGAAGGGGGACAACUCCGACAUGUAGAAAAUAUAGAUGAAGCAUUUGACCUUCGACCCAUGCCAGCCAUCUCAGCAGACAGAGAAAACAAACCCAAAUUAGUCCAACCAGCCAAACCUCUGCCUGUUGUGUCCAACUCACCCAGCUGGAAAACACUGCGAGUGUUCAUCUCCUCAACAUUCCGGGACAUGCAUGGUGAGAGAGACAUUCUCACCAGAAACAUAUUUCCAGAGUUGCGUGCCCUUGCAAAGAAACACUUCAUCAACAUAUAUGAAGUGGAUCUCAGAUGGGGAGUAACAGAAAAAGAUACAAAGACAAACAGAACCAUGGAGCUAUGUCUCUCAGAGGUCAAACAGUGUGACCUGUUUCUGGGAAUACUGGGAGAGCGUUAUGGCUGGGUACCGGAAAAGUAUGUUGUCCCAGAUACAUCUGAGUAUGAUUGGGUCAGGGAAAGUAAACCUGGGCUGUCAGUUACCGAAAUGGAGAUGUAUGCUGGAGCCCUGAGUCAGCCAGAGAAAGUGCAACAAUCAGCCUUCUUCUUCCUCAGAGACAGUCAGUUUGAAAAGAACAUUCCAGGAGAAUUCACAGCCGACUUUAUGGCUGAGAACAAUGAAUGUAGAGAGAAAAUGGCCAACCUGAAAACAAGGAUACGAAACAGUGGCCUGGAAGUUUAUGACGAGUAUCCUUGUCAAUGGGGUGGGGUGGCUGAGGAUAAACCUCUUGUGUCAGGCCUGGAAUUGUUUGGUGCAAGAGUCCUUAAUAACCUCUGGAACUCAAUCAACAAACUCUACAUAGAAGAGGCCGAAAUCUUGGAUGAGAAUACACACAUAUCAAAGCAACAUCAGGCUAUGUUGGAACGGCACCAAGACAACUUCGUCGGGCGAAAAGCUAUGAUCAAAGAUUGUCUGAAACAACUGCAGUUUGUGCCCUCUGGAAUUUUGGGAUUGGUCGGCAAACCUGGAACUGGGAAAUCUGCUGUGAUGGCCUCCUUAGUGCACAGUUAUGUAGAGUCGUCCAUGUGUGACAGUGCCUUGUCUGUACUGACCCACGUCGUAGGAGCUGCUCCAGGAUCUACCAACAUCCUGGCAACUCUUAGGCGCCUUACUCAUGAAGUAAAACGACGAUUUGGGCUGGUCAAAGAAGUCCCUGAGGAUUUUAAGAACCUUGGCCUGGUGUUUGGUGAGAUGUUGAAGGAAGCUGGUACCAUGUGUGGGUCCCCUCUCCUCAUAUUUAUAGAUGGUGUGGACAUCAUGGAAAGCGCCUACCAACCAGACAACCUAGAGUGGCUGCCAACACCAGUACCUAAGAAUGUGAUAUUCGUACUUACUGUGCUGGAUGGUGGAAAAUGUCACAUGUCUCUCCAACGUCACAAAGGUCAAGAGGUCAGUGUUGGGGGUCUUGACAUGUGGGACAAGGCAGAUGUUGUCAGGACAACACUGGCCACUCACAGAAAAGCACUGGAUGAGACGCCUUUCAACAACCAGUUGAAGCUUUUAUUGUCAAAGAAAGAAGCAUCAGUGCCGUUGUUCCUCAAAUUAGCUUGUGAGGAGCUACGAGUGUUUGGAGUCUUUGAAAAGGUUAGCAGUAAGCUGAAAGCCCUCCCUCACACUGUCCAGCAGUUGCUACAGGAAGUACUUUCACGCCUUGAAAAUGACCUUGGCAAGGAAACUGUUGUCAUGGCAAUGUCACUCCUCAUCUGUGCCAGGGAAGGUUUGGAUGCUGAGGAGCUACAUGAAUUGUUGAGCUUGAAGUCACUGCUAGGUAAAACCAAGAUCAGUGUUCAGGGAGUCAUCAAUAUCCAUCUGGCACAAGAGAACUUGAUACCACCGCUCGUUUUCUCCCAGGUCAAGCGAUCACUGCAGACAUUCCUUAACCCACAGGAUCGCUGGAGUACCAGACUGAGUCUAGCCCAUGCUGAUAUAGAGACUGCUGUGAGACAACGUUACCUCCGAGGAUCAGCUGCAGAACAGGAAUUGACUCUUCAUAAACUUCUGGCUGGUUAUUUCUACCGUCAAGCUGACCCUGACAGAAACCAGAGUUUCCAUGGUAACAGCAUGCGGGCCUAUUGUGAACUGCCGUAUCAUUUGUCUUGUGCUGGAGAGUUUAAGGAGCUACAAGAUAUAAUUUGUGACAUCAAGUUCAUUGACAGAAAAUUUCAGCUUGGCCUUGGCCCCAGGCUGAUGGAUGAUUUCCAAAUGAAAGUGUUUGGAAAUAAGACCAUCGAAAGAGAUCAGAACAAAAUGAUGUCAUCAGACAGUUUCCAGCAGUACAAGAUGUUUGUAUCAAGGAAUAUGCACAUCCUGACCAGCUACCCUGGGUUAACAUGGCAACAGGCCAUUAAUGAACCAUCAGACUCAAUACCAGCACAACAAGCCAUCAAUUUACCAAGAGACGCCAAGGAAAAAUGUUACAUAGAGUGGACCAAUAAGCCUGAAACUAAAGAUCCAUGUUACCAAACCCUGGACAACCUCCCACAGCCUGUGAUGUGUAUAGCUAUCAGCCAUGACUGUCAGUACUUUGUUUGUGGGGGUUUGGAUGGAGUUGUACGACUGUAUAACAUGAACACUGGCAAGGAACUUCGUACAUACCGUGGCCAUUCUGAUUCUGUCUCAGGUGUGUGUUUCGUCAGCAAGACACUCCUCUGUAGUGCAUCGUUUGACAAAACCCUCAGUAUCUGGCAUGUAGAGGAUGGACACCGAGUCCACCUGAUGAAGGGCCAUACGCGACGUGUGAAGGCAUGUGCAGCUGAUCCUGCUGGAAAACUGGUGGCAUCUGCCUCCUGGGAUUGUACAGUAAAGGUGUGGGAUACUUCAAAGGGAUCUCUAUCCUGCUCUCUCAACAUAGGCAGUCCUGUGAACAGUGUGUCCUUCCAUCCUGAAGGCCAGCUCCUGGUGACUGGAAGCUGGGAUGCUACUAUCAAGAUCUGGGAUGUGUUCCACAAAAAAAGGAAGGCUAUCCUGCGAGGACACUCUACAUCUGUGCGUGAUGUUGCAUACUCACCUUCAGGACGCCACAUCGCCUCCGCUGCUCUUGAUGGUGAUGUGAAAAUCUGGGCAGCACAGAGUGGAACUCAGGUUGGAAGUAUCCAGGGACAUGCAGCACCAAUCAACAAGCUUAUAUACUCACCUACUGGUAAAGAACUCAUCACCGUUAGUGAUGACCACAAGGUCAAGGUGUGGUCUGGACACUUGGGUGUACCUAUGAUGAAGAUUGGUGAAGAGGGAGGAGAACCCAUUGUAUCAGUAUGUUUUGACCCAGAAUGCACUUAUGUUGCCCUUGGUUACCACUCAGGCAUGGUGAAGGUGUUUGAUGUUCUCACUGGACUUGAGUUAUGGAGCAGUCGUCUUCACAACUCUAGAGUAAGAGGUCUGAGUUACAGGCCAGAUGGUGCUUUCCUCUUCACAGGAGCAGAUGACAACACAAGCAAGGUUGUACAUGCAAGGGAUGGCAAGCUGCAGUAUACUAUGAACAGUCACACAAAACCUGUGAUGUGUGUCUCAGUGUCUACACACUAUACUGCUACAGGAGGAGAGGAUUGUCUGUGUUAUAUAUUUCCCUCUAGAUGGACUAAUCCAAAGAGCAGCCCUCGAGAGCUGAAGUCUGUAACUUGCCUGAGCAGCCAUACUGGACCAGUGACUAGCUGUGUGUUCAGCCCUAAUGAGAAACAACUUGCCACAGCCAGUCGUGACAUGGUGACUGCCUCCAACGAUUUCACUCUGAAAGUAUGGGAUGCUAAGACUGGUGCUGAGAAACAGAAGAUGACCGGUCACAUGUCUUCUAUAUCUUCAGUAGCGUACAAGUAUGGCUGUGUUGUCUCAAGCUGUAAUGAUGGAUCAGUGAAAGUGUGGUCACACAAAGGCACAGAAAUUACCACCCUACAUUCCCAUCAGAGGGCAGUGCAUGCUUGUGACCUUUACGUCAGAGUGGCUGAGGAUGACAAAAUUAAUAUUUCAGAUUCUGAUGGCAUGGAUUGGAGUGCUGCAGUAACAGCAGAGGAAUCUGAGGCAAAGGCAAAGAAAGCAUACAAACCCGCUGUGAAACUAGAGGAGGUUAUCGUAGCCACUUGUGGUGACGAUGGCACUGCUGUGUUGUGGAAACCUUUACAGGCUAAUGAGAUGGCUAAUCUGACCGGUCACUCUGAUCGUGUUGUCAGCGUUGCCGCCAAUAAAGAUGGGCACUUGUGUACAGCGUCCCUAGACAAAGCCAUUCGUCUUUGGGAGCCCCAGUUGUCUACAGAAUCUGCCAGUGAUGUACAUAAUGCACCUGUGACUGUUGUUGAGAUGUCACAAGACAAAACCAUUCUGCUUACUGGCAGUAGAGAUGGAAUUUUGAAGAUUUGGCAUAAAUCCAGUGACGUCAGCACACCAAAUUGUGUCGCAUCCAUACAGGCCCACAAGAAAUCUAUCAAUGCAGCCUGUUUCCUGGCAGUCAAUGUUUUUGUAACUGGAGGAGAUGAUGGCCAGAUUAUCUUGUGGAACAUUUACAAAAAGAUCCAGUUUGGGAAAAGUGUACCAGUGUGCCAGAAAAAGAAAGUAUUCAGUACGAUGUCACCAGUAACUGCCUUAGCCACCUCCCCAGAGAUAGAGUCUAAAACUGGUCAUAUUUUCGUAUCUGGAGAAUGGUGUGGGAAGCUCAUCGUAUGGAACACUGAACAGCAGGCUGGUCUCUCCAACAGUUUUGACUUUGGUAAAACAGAUUGGAUACUAGGGAUAAAGUUCAUGAUCGGGAAAGCCACACCAACCUUCCAUGUUGCCACAGCAAAUGGUUAUGUCUGUAAGGGAACAGUGAACAAGUUGGGUCAGAAGUUGAGUUUUGUAGACUGUCUAUACAUCCCUCCAAGCUCCGACAUACCCCAACACAGACAGGUUCCUGUUAGAAUCCUGGAUCUAACAGCCUGCCCAAGGGAUAGUUAUGCUGUUACCUCGACUGGUCAUAUUAGCAGUAUCAGCAGGUUAUUGGAGAAUCACACUGAAACAAAGAUCCACAGUGCUCCUGUCACCAGUGUCACAACUUCUGAUCACUUUGUAUUCACUGGAGCACAUGACUGUACUGUCAAGGUCUGGAGAAGAGAUGACAAACUUAGACAGGUGGGAUUGUUCUUCUGUCCUGCUCCAGUGGAGAGUAUCGCCAUUAUCAGCCAAUCAGCUUCAGCUGGGAAAUCUGUGGUUCGUCUUGUCUGUGGUGAUCAGCUUGGCAACAUCCACUUUCUCACCUGGCGCCAGUAGACCCAGUACCUGUGACAACCCCAACACAAACACACAUGUGUGACGUAUUUAGCCGUCACUGCUCCAGGUUAGAUGUGACAUCACUACCUUUUCAACACCUCUGAUUUGUCUUUGAUUGACAUACACGUGCGUCAGGUGUAAAUAAAACAUUUACUUACGUAUAUAUGUUACUAUGAAUAGUUAUGGUGGCCUUGAGAUCAAUUUUAGAAAUAUUUAUUACCAUGAUGACCAUCGUAAGUCAACACUACAUUUUGCUCAAGUCAGGAUUUGCCUUCCUGGUGAUGCUACAACAUACAGAGAUAAAACACUUGCCCUAGUUGUUUUGCACAUGUAAAGAAAAUCCGUUAUUUUGCAAGUGGUUAUAUGUAAAAUGGAAGGAAGGAAUUUCCUGAACCUAAAGAACAUUAUUGUAACUUUAACCUUGUGUUGUUUCUGAUUUACAUGUAUUUAAUACCACAGGAGACACAUGUUUUACUAAAGGCUAUGUGUCAAAUUUAUUUUAAGCCGGAAGAUUCAAACAUGUUGAUUUAGGCUAAUGUAUCACAUUCACCUUAGAAUUUCAUUGUUCAUAUGGUACGAAAGGAAAUGAUUUUUUGCACAUUUGGAAAACAUGGUGUUAUAUGUAUGAUAUAGUGUAAUUAUUGAUUUUUAUGUAAACAAUGUGGAAAAAAUUCUAUAAGUCAUUGUAUAUAUAUGUCUAUCUUAGGAACCAGUUUAAUAUAUAAAGCUAGCAAGAUCACCAGUUUCAUGGUAUUACUGUAACACACCUUUUUGUUAAUGAGGUUGAUAGAGGCAGGCAUGGUUCUGCCUCCAUGUCCAUAUGAUAUAGUAUUACUUAUAUUGAAAAAAAAAGUUACCUACAUAUUAAGGUACAAAAUUCAAUGCAUGGUAUUCAAUAUUCUAAAUUUUAGAUGCAAGCAUUUAUUCAAAUCAAUGUUUAAUUCAUAGACCAAUCCGUAGCUCUAAUGGGUUUAUGCAAAUGUUUUAGUUUUUUGUGUGCAUUUUUAAUUGCAGUUUUAAAAUGACAAAUGAUAUUCUUUGUAAAUAACUUAAAAUUUAAUGCCUUGUAAAUAGUCCUUUAUAUAA